AUGAUCAUUGGUGAACUUGCAUCCAUUUCUCUUGGCAACUUCACCCUGGAGUCCUUUAUGAAACAACCACCAUCCCCGAGGAAUGAUUAUCUGCUCCCUAAACUCUACCAGCAUGUCUUGGCCUUUGCUUAUGCUCUCCAUGAGAUCAACAAGAAUGCCGAACUGUUGCCAAACAUCACACUGGGUUACAAGGUUUAUGACAACGGUUUUCUUUCCUGGACAGCAUCUUCUAACACAGUAGAUCUUCUGUUCCUGGGGAAAGGAAACCCCCUCAAUUACGACUGUGGAAGGAAAGAAAAAGCCUUGGCUGUCAUUGGUGGGCUCACCUCUCAAAACUCCGUGCAGAUGGCACACAUUUUAAACAUCUACAAUAUACCACAGCUUAGUUAUGGCUCCUUUGACCCAGCGCUGAGUGACAAAAUUCAAUUCCCUUUUUUCUACCGGAUGAUCCCUAGUGAAGAUCCACAGUAUAUCGGGAUUGUUCACCUGCUCAAGGAUUUCGGUUGGAAUUGGGUUGGCCUCGUCGUGUCUGAGGACGACAGCGGAGAAACGUUCCUUCGAAACUUGAGACCGAAGCUCUUACAAAGUCAUAUUUGCAUUGCAUGGACAAUAAUGAUCCCAAGAAUAUCUGAAGACUUCCUAGAUGAAGUAAUUGCAGAAAAACUGGUACCAAUUAGUAUAGCUUUCGCUGCCAUUGAAAUUGACGUGAUUCUUGUGCAUGGAGACCGACAGUCUCUUGUGGGGUUAGAGUUUGUUUUAGAGAAAUUUGAAUAUCAUGAGCUACAGCCGCAAGAGAGAGUGUGGGUCACGACAGCUCAGUGGGAUUACACAGCUACAGUGGCUGGGGUACCUGUGUGCAUAGAGUCACUCAAUGGCACCUUGUCAUUUGCUCUCCACACAAAUGUGGUGCCAGGGUUUCAGGAUUUUCUUGAGAGCAUCAAUCCAUUUCAGUCAAAAAUUUAUUCCAUUCAACCGUUCUGGAGUAUCCGCAAGAGAGAGUGUGGGUCACAACAGCUCAGUGGGAUUACACAGCUACAGUGGCUGGGUGUGAUCCCUAAAAACUACCAGCAAGUCUUGGCCUUUGCUUUUGCCAUUCAUGAGAUCAAGAAGAAUUCCAAACUUCUACCCAAUGUCACCUUGGAUUACAAGAUUUAUGACAAUUACUUUGAUUCCUGGAUUGCCACUGACAAUACUCUGGAUCUUCUGUUUGGGAAGAAAGGAAACCCCCUCAAUUACAACUGUGAAAGAAAGGAGGAGCUCUUGGCAGUCGUUGGUGGGCUCACCUCCCAAAAUUCCAUGCAGAUGGCCCAUAUUUUAAGCACCUACAAUAUACCACAGGUUAGCUAUGGCUUUUUUGAACAAGCUCUGAGUGACAACAUUCAGUUCCCCUUCUUCUAUUGGAUGACUCCCAACGAAGAUUCACAGUAUGUGGGGAUUGUUUCCCUACUCCGGCAUUUUGGAUGGAACUGGGUUGGCCUCAUUGUUCCGGAUGAUGACAACGGAGAAACCUUCCUUAGAACUUUGACACCGAAGCUGUUUGAGAGUCAUACUUGCAUCGCCUGGACCAUGAUGAUCCCAAGAGUAUCUGUACACUUACCGGAAGAACUACUACUUCAAAAACUGGAACCCAUUCUGUACACUUUCCGACCGAUUGAAAUCAACGUGGUUCUUGUGCAUGGAGACAAACAGUCUUUGGAGGCAUUAUACUUCAUUCUAUUGUACUUUGAACUGUUUGAGAGACAACCACAAAGGAGGGUGUGGCUUCACACGUUUCUGAAAACUCUCCACUUCAACAAUAACGCUGGAGAAGAAAUAUUUUUGGAUGAGAAGGGGGACCUGGAAGCUGGGUUUGAUAUCAUCAACUUCGUCAUCUUUCCCAACGGGUCCUCCCAGAAAGUCCGGGUUGGAUACAUGGACCCCCUGGCGCUUGAAGGCAAACAAUUCACUAUAAAUGGAAGUGCCAUUGUGUGGAAUCAGAAAUUUCAUCAGCUGCCCAGAUCCACCUGUGUUGAGAGUUGCCAUCCCGGGCACAGCAUGUUUGUCCAGCCAGGGAAGCAAGUGUGUUGCUAUGAUUGUGUGGAGUGCCCUGAAGGGAGGAUUUCAACCCAGAUGGAUGCAGGUCAGUGUGAGAAGUGCCCUGUGGACCAUUAUCCAAACAAGAACAAAAAUUGGUGCAUUGGUAAAAAGUUAAGCUACCUGUCUUACGGUGAACCAUUGGGAGCAAUUCUGGUGUCUUUUACUCUCUUCCUUAGUGGGAACACAGUUGUGGUAAUGGGAAUAUUCAUUCUCUACCACCACACUCCCAUUGUCAAGGCCAAUAACUGGGGAAUCACCUGUGCUCUCCUCUCCUCUCUGCUCCUCUGUUUUCUCUGUUCCUUCCUCUUCAUUGGGUGGCCUGGGAAGGUGAUUUGCCUCCUGAGACAGAUGGUGUUUGGUAUAAUCUUUUCUGUGUCCAUCGCUUGUGUCUUAGCCAAAACCUUGACUGUGAUUUUGGCCUUCAUGGCCACCAAGCCUGGAAGCCAGAUGAGGAGAUGGCUUGGGAACAGACUUGCUCUGUCAGUCAUCAUCUUACCCUCUCUGAUUCAAAUUGAUAUCUGCAUUGUUUGGUUGGCCAUUUCUCCCCCAUUUCCAGAAUCUGACAUGCAUUCCCAGAGUGACACCAUCACACUUCAAUGCAACCAAGGUUCAGAUCUCAUGUUCUACCUUGUCCUGGGCUUCAUGUGGCUAUUGGCCAUUAUCAGCUUCACAGUGGCUUUCUUUGCCCGGAGGUUGCCCAACUCAUUUAAUGAAGCCAAGCUGAUCACUUUCAGCAUGUUGGUUUUCUGCAGCAUAUGGGCAUCUUUUGUGCCAGCCUACCUUGGCACCAAAGGGAAAUACACAGUGGCUGUGGAGGUCUUCUCCAUCUUGACCUCUAGUGGUGGCUUGUUGGGCUGCUUCUUCUUCCCUAAAUGCUACAUUAUGAUUUUCCGGCCUGAACUAAACACCCGAGAGCAAUUAGUAAGAAAAAGAAGCUGUGUCAAUUUGGGAUUCAGAUUGAGAAAACUGUUUGUUUAA